UCCUGGUCUUGCAGCCUGCCUAGGCCCUGGGCCUAGUGCCUGCCUCUUGCCGUGCCCUGCCUCCCCCCUCUCCCUGUGUGUUUGUGUCUCGGUGCCUGGGGCCUGGGGGGGAAGGAAGGAAGGAAGGAGAGCAGGACCCGUCCCUGGAUCCUCUCACGUGUCCAUUUGGGGCUCUCACAUGACCCUGUUGUUUGGCCCCGUGAUCAAAUCUCCUUCCAAAUUCGAAUCUCAACUACAGCAGCUCAAACAGCAGCAGAGGCAACAGCUCCCUGUGCCCCACAUGGAUAUUCUAGACCAGGCUCUGGAUUCCAGCCACGAGAAAGGACAAGAGACUGACGACAGUGUCCAGCUUCCAGAAGGAGAGAGCGGGAACGCUGAUGAGCAAACGGCUGUGGCCAUUGCCAGUGUACAGCAAGCAGCCUUCACUGACCACAACAUCCAGUACCAGUUCCGCACAGAGAACAAUGGUGGCCAGGUGACGUAUCGGGUGGUGCAGGUUUCCGAUAACCAGCUGGACGGACAGACGGACGCCUCCGGGGCAGUGAGUGUCGUCUCCUCCACCGCCUUCACUGGGGGGCAGCAAGCAGUGGCACAGUCCUGA